UAGAACAAUGCGAGAUUUCCAGAUACAUGGCCGAAUUGGGAGGUUAGGCAUCAAGCGCUUGAGGGCGGCCGAGAAGGACAAAAGAUGUUCAUACGCUGACAAAAUCUAUCGUUAUGGAGCUUUCAUGCAAUUAUGGAGAGCUGCUAUACUUUUGGGUGGCGAAACAGCGAGGAUACCUGCAUUGGAGGAUCCACUUGAUAUGCUAUUGUACUCGAGGACAAUGCGCUCGAUGGUUCGGUACGGUAUAAAAGUGUUCAUACCGCCAUUCAUGAUAUACGCACGCACACUUUUUUGAUAGAUACGACUACCUGCCCUCCUACGUUCCACAAAGAUGAACUCGCAAUCCGAUGCAUUUGACGAUGACGACUUUACGAUGAACUCUGCAAGUCAGGAUAUGCGCCGUGAAAUGCUAGGACUGGGCGUCGGCAAUGAAUUCGCCACCGCUUUUAGAGGAAAGGUCAGCCUGCAGUCCCAGCCUAGUUUGAUGAGUAUCGAUGAAGGAAUAUCCUUAGAGGAGGUGCAAGGUGAUAGCUCCAGAGGACAGCCACAGACCCAGAUAUAUGGUGGAUUGAGUCCUGACCAAAUUGCCACUGCCCUCUUCCAAAAUGCAACGAACGCGCUUGCCAAUGAUGAAUCUCUCUUCAUAGGGAGAAUACAAUCUAUCACUCCUUUACCACACCAGAUAGUCAAUCUGGAAAGGAGGCUACGAAACGUCGAGGAACGAUGCGUCAACAUGGAAGCUCAUCUGGGUAUUAUGGAGCGACAAAUCUUCGAGCUGCAGAACACCGUAUCCGCCGGUCUUCAAGAUAUUCGUAACGACAUACGAGAGUCUAUGGGACUGGCGAAGCUGGAUGCGUACCGGAUUCGCCACAUGAAGCGGAUGUAUGCAAGUGUGUAUACGACUGGAAAGUCAAACUCGCGAGCCUUGAGAGCUUUGAAGACGAAGAUAGGUCGGACGGGGGAGAGCGCGCUUGUCGCUCCACCCUGUAUCAUCAGAAGAGGUGGCAAUAGAUUCUCCUGCAGGUCUGGAGGAUGCUGAGAUCACGACGUUCAAGGCGGAGGAGAUACUGGUACCGGUAACUGCUGUGGGUGUGGUGAAGAAGAGAACGGGUAACACAGCUCGGAAGAUCAUGGCGAAGGUGAAAGAGGAGGCUAUCCAUGACGAGAAUAUAGCAGAGUCAGGACGGAAUUUAGAGGCAGAGGAAAAGGGGGGGACGGAUGGGGGGAAAGCUGUAAAAUCCAGAAGCCGAGCGUCUCGUGCGGCUCCUUACUAACUUGUAGAUGUCUUAUAGACUAUAGGCUGGCCCUGUACUAAAGUCGAUCUUUUGAGUAUGAAAUUGCAAUAUUAGUUCAACGUUAGGCCG